UACAUAGGAUUAGCAUCAUUUUGGACCACCCUGUAAUUAUUAAAUUACAUUAUUCUGCAGUUGGCACUGGUACUAUGGGCAUGCUAAUAAAAUCUUCUCCCGUUUGUCAACCAAUUGGCCUACUUUUAAAUCAGGCAGUCGGAAUGGACAAACAGUCGGAAAUUACAGUUGCGCCUGUAAACAAAGAAGACAUUGAAAUUGUUAAGGCGGUUAAGGCUGUCAUCCACAGAAUGGUAGCGAUCGAUCCACAGAAUCGUAUCGCAGCUGAAGUAUCGGUGGAAAUAUUCAAAAUACUUGAGCAUGCGGGUUUAGUGUCUAGCUUGACAAACGAGCGGGCCGCUCCUGCUAAAGCAAACACUGAAAUGGAUGGCAAAAGAGACAAAAUUGACGAAAGACAAUCCAGGGGAAUAUUUGCGUCGUGUCCUUCCAACCUUCAGGCGAGUAAAGAAAGCAAGUCAAAUGAGUUUAAGGUAGGGGGGAGAGGACUAGCCCACACAUCUCCUGAAGUUGAUAGAGCAAAAAGCCAACCAGGUUUAGAAAGUACAUCGUCAAGCGACACGUCAUCAUCCUCGGGAGAAGACAGUCAAACACAGAAUGAGG